UCCGUGUUGACAGCGACUUCAAAGUUAGCCUCUGUUGCUAUAGCAAUUCCGAGCGUUAAACAUGGUGGACUUAAUGAAUCGCUAUUUAUCUGUAUGUGCUGAAGCUCAGCAGCCCCCAAAUACCUGUGUUUUGAAAGUUUUGGAAGACAGCAGCGAUGGCUCACUCAAACUAACAGGUAAUGAUCAACUGAAGCACGGAGACAGAUUGACAGAUGAUGAUGUGCUGGUCUUGUCAAAAACACUCGUGGGAAAUUCGGCUAUAAAGGGUUUAGAUCUUAGAUACAACUGUAUCACAGAUAAAGGAGCUGUUUAUGUUGCUCACCUCAUUCAGGAGAGUGAGUCCCUUCAAUCUCUUGAUCUGAUGUGUAAUAACAUUGAGGCAGAUGGUGCAGAAGUGAUAGCAAAAAGUUUGCAUAAAAAUAAAAGUUUGAAGUCACUCAGAAUGACGGGAAAUAAGAUUGGAAAUAAAGGUGGCAUGCAGCUGGCUGCCAUGUUGCAGACUAAUGUUACUUUAGAAGAAGUAGAUGUCUCAGACUGUGAUCUGGCUACACAAAGUGUAAUAGCAUUUGCCAUCGUCCUGAAGAACAACAAGGGAAUCCGUGCCAUUAAUGUUAGUCGUCCUCUUCUUUUCAGUCUUCAGGAGGAAACAACAGUCCAUAUGGCACAGAUGCUGGUGGUGAAUAAGACACUGAGGGAGCUGCACAUGGGAAAGCACGACAUGACUGAUACUGGUGUAGAGAGGCUGUGUGAAGCUCUGAAGUUAAACGCCUCUCUACGCUACUUGGAUCUUCGCUGUAACAGAAUUACACGGGAUGGAGCUAAAUGCUUAUCAGAGGUUUUGAAGCAAAAUAGUUCUUUGGAGAUUCUAGAUCUUUCUUUCAAUCGCAUUGAGGAUGAUGGUGCGGUGUAUCUAAGUGAAGCUAUCAAGCUUCCACACAGCAAACUCAAAGCAUUGUCUAUUACCAGCAACAACAUUGGAAAAGAAGGUCUCAUGUCCCUCAGUGAGGCAAUGAGAGUGAAUUCCUGUCUCACGCACAUUUACAUCUGGGGGAACAAACUUGAAGAGCCAGUCUGCAUGGCUUUCUCUCAGCUGAUAAGCAGCGGGCAGCUGUUGGGAGAGCACACAGAUGUUUCUCCCUAUGAGGUGGACGGUCGUGUUUUCUUGGCAGAAGCAUCUCAUGGUUUACGCAGACAUUACUAUUGGACUUCCAGAUAUGGGGCAUAUGGAGACUCGAGUAAUUCAGCACCGGCCCUGAUGGCAUCAGAUUCAUUGGCUCUGCAGAUCUACCCAGACUCACAUUUAUGAUACGAUUCACGAUUUUCAGUUUUGUCCAAAAGUGUGUGUUGCUGCUUCAGAGUAAAACACAUUUAGAUUAAACUUAAAGGGAUAGUUUACCCAAAAAUGAAAAUUCUAUCAUCAUUUACUCACCUUUAACUUGUU